ACUCGAAGUGGCUCGAUUCAUUCCCUGCGCCAGCCCGACCAACUCAGGCCCUCAUAUCUCGUGCUCCCCCUAGGAUUUUGGAGUUUGUCCGAUUGUAUUCAGUGGAUGUUUCCCCCCCGUUGAUUUCUAUUAUUUCCUUCGAUCAAUGGUCUGACCUGUUAUGGACCGCGGCUAAUGACAAACCUGCAUUUCUGAACCUCGCCAAGUAUCUGGGAACUCAGACAAAGGAGAUCGCUGCAGACGAUGAUUUGGUGUCAAUUUGCAUUGAUGCAAACCUGGCGAUGAAGGAAAAGGUGUUUGUAGACCUGUUUGGGCCUGAGUUCAAUUUUCACGCAGGAUUGAUCCAGAGGGAGUCCGUUACGACGGAGAAUGAAGGUGAUUCAGGGGAGAAGGAGGAGGAGGAUGAGUCGCUUACCUUGACAGAGGAAGAGAAGGCGUAUCACGCCAAACUACUCGCCGAAGGUAGGAAGGAUAGAGUGAAGGCCAUUGCUGCCAAUCAAAAGACGAGUGUCACCAAGUAUGUCCGCAAUGCCUUUCUCCCCAUGGUGCCAUCAAGAUGGGUGGAGUCGCAGUCCUGGUCUGUCGACGAUAAGCUUUGGGACCUAUACACCUUCAACUACGUUGCUCUAAUCCAUGCGGAUUCGUAUAGGUUUCUAGCGUCUCUCACGGGUGAGAAGAUGAAGAAAUGCAAGGAGAAAGCGCUUACUGACAAUAUGGAUCUAAUUAGGGGGGAGUACCCGCUCACACUAGACGCGAUGAAGCUCCCUGUCAUCGGGGAUUUCAACCGCACUAAGUGUAGUGUGUCUGCGUCAGCCCUUGCGGUGAGGGGCUUCCUAGGUCCCAAGGUGCAAACUGCUAUUGCGGAGUUGAAGCACAUCUGGAACGUAGGCCGCCCAUACCUCAAGUGUCAGUGUGUUGCGGAGGGGAAGGGUGAUUGUGGGAAGGAUAUUUCGUGUUGUGAUCACACCUUUUGGUAUCUCCUCUCUGACCUUCACUACCUGUUCCCGGAGGCCCCGUCCCUCAGAGCUCGUGCACGUGCAUUUAGAGUUAGAGCGAGGACCACGUGGCAGGCGGGCAUCCUCUCCUUGGUGGUCUUUACGCACAUGAGGGAGGUUAUGGUGAAGAUGGCUUUCAGUGUGGCUGGUGACCCGUCCAGGACAGCGCAUAACAUCAUAGACAACCCAACCAUCAUGCUCAACAAGUUCCCCAGAACCAUGGCCAAGCUCAUCCUCCCUGCUCGCUAUGUUCGCACGUCGCAUGAGAGGAAAUUGGAUGUUACCCCGGCAUCAACGGCCAAGAAGACGAAGAAGGUGCAACAGUCCACCCUGGAGUUCUACGUCCCUCCUGCACAGGCGGAUACCCCUGCAUCUACACGGGAGCAACCCACUCUGUCUGCAACCAGCACUCCCCCGUCUUCCACCAUCACCAUCCAGGAGGAAGGACAAGCGUCUGCCUGUAGCAGGCCGUUGAGAAGGAGCCCGAGAGGGUUGGGGCUGGCCUCGGCUUCACUGUUUAAGAACUAACUGACGGUUUUGAUUGUGCUCGUUGCGUUGUGCAGGAAAUUGAGGAGGUUGGGGGAUUCAUGUCUUGUGAUCCUUCUGGCCUCAACAGAUGGCAGAAAGCCCCAGUGGAGGGGAAGGAGUUUUUUAUACAUGGCUUGUACACAAGCAGGAUUAUGGAGUUAAUCCGAUUCAGAUCUAUCCUUGAGAUGGUUGUUGAACAGUUUUUUCCCCCUGAUGUUGGAGCAUUGUUAUCUCGUAUUGUCAUCG